UACUUCUGUCUGUCAACCGGAAGGGUGGUAUCUGGGCAUGUUCAGCAAACACACAGGCACUACGUUUGUUCAUGUUUAAAGUCAAAUCAUGUUUGGCCGCUGUUUGUGGAAAGUUUUCUGAAUAAGCCUGGAACUUUCUGACUGUCAUUCUCCCACACACUCCUUUGAACUUGUGACGGUGUUGGGCAAGGUUUGUGUCAGUUAGACUACCAAGUAAAAAGCUUACCUGUGGCGGCGCGCUUACUCUCUGCCUGGCCUGUUUCUGUUUGUGGAAGGAGGGAUCACUACAGUCAGCGUUCUUGAACUCUUCGAUACAAGGGAACGAAAUCAUUUUGUGGAGAAGACAUAUCGUUAAAAGUCCCUUCACUCACCCCCUCUGAAGCCCCUUUCUCCUCCCUGCGUGGUGCUCUGCCCAAUGAUGAGUGUGCAGCCUCGGAGGAUCCGCCUGAAGCCCUGGCUGUUAGCCCAGGUGAACAGCGGGAGGUACCCCGGCUUGCAGUGGCUCAGCCCGGACCACCGGAUCUUCCAGAUCCCCUGGAGGCACGCCACAAGGCAUAUGCCCACCUCUGAGGAAGAGAACACCAUCUUCAAGGCCUGGGCUCUGGAGACGGGGAAGUACCAGGAGGGUCUGGAUGAGCCGGACCCAGCCAAGUGGAAGGCCAACCUGCGCUGUGCCCUCAACAAGAGCCGGGAGUUCAAACUGAAAUACGACGGCACCAAGGAGACACCCGUCCAGCCCUACAAGAUCUACGAGGUCUGUGACCAGCCCUGCAAUGGAGACACAGUUGAUGAAGAUGAGGAGGAGGAGAUGCCGAAUAUUGUUGACCUCUCCAUUGACCCCAGAAUUAGUGACCCACGCAGUUAUCAGGCAUUCCCUACCUCACAUGGGAUAGAUGUUCCCUUCAGCUCCCCCCUCAAUGACAGAUAUGGCACCUCCCACCACACCCCUAUGUACCCCAGUCCCAACAUGCACUCCAAUCCCAACGGGGCCAAUACCAUGGCAGCGGAUCUCCCUCAGCCAACCAUGGCUCCCCCAGAGUUUUCUUCCCACGUUCCAUUGGUGGUGAAGUUGGAACAUGGGGUCUUUGUGCACCAUGGACCCGCAGAACCCUCCAACGGCCUAGGGAUGGGUGGAGGCAGCAUGCAGCCUCCUAUGGUCACUGAGAUGGCCACCAUGGUUCCUUCUGCUGCGGCUCCGGUUGCCCCUCACCCAGGUGCCGCCCCAAUGGAGGCCAUGUCCGGAGUCCAGAACCAGGAGGAAGGGCAGGCGGUGCCACCCUACAAAUAUGACCUGCUGAACAGCCUGCCAUUGACUGACCUAGACAUGAAAUUCCAGUAUCGGGGUCGCAAGAUGGGCUCCCUGACCGUGAGUAACCCCCAGGGCUGCCGGCUGUACUACGGCCACUUGGAGCCCACCCCGGAGCAGGUGGACCUGUUCGGCCCUGUCAACCUCAACCAAGUUCUCUUCCCUGGCUCGGCCGACAUCCAGAACGAGAAGCAGCGGUUCUACACAGAGCACCUGCUGGAUGUGAUGGACCGAGGCCUGAUCCUGGAGAUCUGGGAGCAGGAUAUAUACGCUAUCAGGUUGUGUCAGUGCAAGGUGUAUUGGUCUGGGCCGGGUGUUGACGAGCAGGGGCCUCCCAACCCUAUGGAGAGGGAGAGGAAGUACAAAGUGUUCAGCCUCAAUAACUUCCUGCACGGGCUCAUCUUGUUCCAGAAAGGUGAAACUCCCACCCCACCCCCGUUUGAGCUCUGCUUCUGCUUCGGGGAGGACUGGCCAGACCAACGGAAACCCAAGGAGAAGAAGCUCAUCGUUGUGCAGGUGGUCCCGGUGGUGGCGCGGAUCCUAACAGAGAUGUUUUCUGGAGAUCUGUCCUGGUCCACAGACAGCAUCCGACUGCAGAUCUCCAACCCAGACCUGAAGGACCAGACGGUGGAGCAGUUCAAGGAGCUCCAGAGGCUUCUCCAGAGUCAGCACGGCCUGGGUCCCUGGGCCACCAACGGACCCUGAGUCAGGAGCCUCUUGCUGGGUCUUCAAUAGGGCCUGUCCUGGAUCAAGGCCUUGACUGCUCAUGGACUAUUAAUAGCACACUGCACUUGGAUUAACAACCUUAUUCAACGUUUUGUGUGUGGGGAUAUUAGCCUUCUUUCAACCCUGAGCCUCCCUCAUUCUAUAGAAUCUUCAUCCAGCCAGAGCCUUGUAUCUAAGCUUAACUGGAUCUUGGGCAGAACUACUUGUACAUCGUCAAAACCCAAACUGCUCUUGUUUUGGUCCCUUAAAUUAUUUUUUGGAAUUUCAAUAAAUACCAUUGCAGUAUUUUUUUAAUGGUGGCAGGUAUUACUCAAUUGUCACUUUAAUUUCUAUCCAUUUUCUUUCGCAGCCACCUUAAUCUACUGUACUAGAACGUAAAUGGCUUUCUUGAGAAUGGACACUGGUGCUAUUGUGCCAUACAUGCAAUGUAAAGUUUUUUUAAACGAAUAAACGACUACAUUAUCAGCAAAGUGGCAAUUUA